CUACCUGAGAAUGGCACAUCAACGAUUGCAAUUCCACAGACGCAGGCCAAACAACACCAGCCACCAACUUCAGCAAUUACUAUUGCUUCUACUACAUCAGCUGCCACCACAACAGCGGAAUUCGCGCGGAACAUCGUACCCUCGGUAAUCUCAAAUCUCCGUGCAGCAACUGAUGGUCAUCUGGCAUCAGGAGCAACCAGCUUGGAUUUCAGCGCCGCUUCGAGGAAUAUUUGCGAGGCUGUAGAGGCCGUGGCGAAUGCUUAUGCUCCUGCCCUCGCCAAUGGGCAAUUGAACGCCUCAUCUCCCUCCUCCAUGCAAUUCUCCCUCCCUUCUCCUCUCUCCCAACCACCUCAUCCUGCGAUGCCUUCCAAUUCACCGUCAUCUAAUAACAAUACUAAUGCGACUACUACCUCAGUCUCUGGAAAUUUGCAGGCACCCGUUCCUAAGUGUAUGGAUGUAAUUCGAGGGGCAAUAAUGGAGACCCUUCAGGAUCACUAUGCCCAGCUGAGUUCUGAGAUUGAAGCCUUGCGCACGACAGUGAAUAGUCUUCAACAGGAGAAUACUCAACUGCGGACAUACAAACAGGCUUUCGAUAAUCUCCGCCCUUAUCUCACCCCCGAAACUUUGGAGCAGAUAAAUCAAAAAGUACGGGCCUCGGAGGUUACUGAAGGCAGUCAGACUGCCGUUGCUGCUCCUGCUGCUACUGCUCAGGAAUCCGUUGCGUAUCAGCCUCAACCGCAAACUCAGCACUUCUUUCCAUCUUCCAAUGCCGCCGCUACUGCCCCCACUGUUCAGCAACCGUCAAAUUCUGCAUUCCAGUCCCAACAACAACAACAACAACAACAGCCAGUAAAUCUCUCUCCCUCCCAUAUUUCAAUACAGCCACCACCCCGACAAAAUAGCAAAAAAACCGAUCCCCAAUGA